GAAUGUAACUCAGUCAUAGCUUUGUCUUGUUCAGUGUAAGAUUAUGAAUAGAAUAAAUACGAGUACAUAAAAACAUUUAAUCGGGUCAACGGUUAUGUAUGUCGCAGAAAUGUAGUUUUUCAUUGAAAAAGGACAUUUCAGGUCGGUAAACAUUUUAAGAACUGUCGAAAAAGUCACAUUUGUUUUAGGACUACUAUCAUAACACCCUCUUACAAAUAUUACUGCGAAAUUUACACCCUUAUUUACACUCAAAAUAAAAUGUCCAAAACGUAGCAGAAUUCAAAAUGCAUUCUCGUAACUUUCGUAACACAUACUGUGGCUUGACGUUUAAACAUCCAUAGAAUUUCCGGAAACUGCUUUUUUAUGCAUCUUUUCCUCGUGAGGUAUGUUUGUUGUGUGCUAAAACAUGUUCACCGCUAAGUUAAAUCAGUUUAUAAAACUAUCCAUUCCAACAUCCUACACCAAAUACAUUCUUCUUACCGUGUUGGCCAAAUGACAAAACAAUAAAAGUCUCCAGCAUCUGAACACGAAAUAAAUUGAGUUUCAUCCAUAAAUAAAUGAUUGGUUUGAGCAUAUUUAAAUAAUCGUCCGAAUAUUAAAACUCAAUUAUUAAAAAAUAUGUUUGCGGAUUAAUUUAAUCAGGAUAUGCCUAGUCUUCACAAUUUCAUCUUCCGGUUAUCCUGUUGUUUUGCCACACAGGGGCAGUGUUACCCUAACUGUCCUCUGUUAAAUCUCCAGCUAGAGCUGUUACAACAGGGUAGACAAAGUGGGCAAUUUCUCAAACUGGAAGGAAGUACCCACGAAGAGUCGAUUACUUAUUCUGCAACAAGGAUAAGUGUAUGUGAAAGAUGCUCGGUGUUGUCAUAAUUGUACUUUCAAAGACCCUAAAAGACCCUCACAUUAAUUUGCUUUAAAGUGCCACAAUAAAUGGUUUUCCGAUAAUCGUUAUUACCCAUGAUGCAUCGCGCCACUGGCCAUGUUGUGCGACAAAAGACGUAAACAAUUGAUAAUGACAACAAAAUACAAGAAUAUUAAAUCGUCUGAGGUCGAUCAGACGGAAUUGCUGUAUAGAGAUUAACUGGACACAAUUACAAAGACACAAGAUAACCUUUUUAUAUUAGAAAACCUUUAAGCUAAAACCAUGUUGGCUAGGACAGCCUUGAGCAAAGGAAUUACCGCCCACCGCCUGAGUAAGAAUGUCACAUUCUACAUGAAUACAGCCUCUACAGAUCCAGUAGAGAAAUCAGAAGAACAGAAACCCCUAAUGCUGCUGCUUCCAUGGCUAGGCUCACGUCCUCAAGCCGUGGCCAAGUAUUGUGAUAUCUAUUUCCGCACUGGCUUUGAUGUGCUUGUAGUAGAAAGUGAGGUGUAUGAGUUCUUGUGGCCACGCUGGGGUCUGCAACAUGGGAAGCGUUUGCUUGAGUUACUCAACAGUGAGCGCUUUAUGUCCCGUCCUCUGCUCGUUCAUGCCUUCUCCAUAGGUGGCUAUACAUUUAGCCAGUUCCUGGUUCACAUCUCAAAAGACACAGAGAAAUAUCAUGCGCUUACAGAGAGGAUCAAAGGCCAAGUCUUUGAUAGCUUGGUGGUGGGAUCGCUGGAGACAAUGGCCACAGGUGUUGGCAAGACUGUGUAUCCCCGAAUGGAGAAGCUAAUAAUAAAAGCUAGCAUGCUUUACUUUGGUAUGUUCAAACAGCAAACUGUGGGCUUCUUUAAUGCAAGCAUUGACGUAUUUUGGAACACACCUGUCACUGCUCCUGCAUUGUUCUUCUUUUGUGAGAAUGAUCCCUUAAGUCAGGCAAAAGCUUUGGAAGAACUGAUUGUGUACUGGCGGAAACGUGGCAUGAACAUCACAACAAAGAAAUGGAAUAAUUCAACACAUGCAGGUCACUUAAAGAGGCAUCCACAGGAGUAUCUGACCACCUUGCAGUCUUUCCUCCAUUCCCUCAACAUCACUCCACUGAAAGCCAAGAUGUGAGGUGUUUUAACCAAAAUUGAAAGUUUUUUGUGCACCACUUUUAAAAAAAACCUGUUGGGAUGUUGUUACUUAUAUUUAAAGGUUGAGUGUAUGUAAAAUUGUGAGAAUAAGGCUGUGUUGAGGGGAUGUGUAAGCCUGGCUUAUCGUUGGCCUUAGUUAACUAUAAUCACUAUUUUUAACAACGGGGAGAGUUAAUUUAUGUGGAAUACUGCUGCAGUGAAAAUUGAUGAUUGAUCAGUCAAAUAUACUAGCAGCGCUUGUAGUGCUAGGAAUAAACCAUAUUAGAGCAUUGUGUUUCAGUAUGUGGUCUUCAUUAAAGUCAUCAAAUGAUAA